UGCCUACACCUAACAAUGUUACUGUGUCGCUUUUCAUUCAGGAGGAAAUUGUUUGAUAAUAUAGAAAAGUAUGUGCAAAUUGAAUGUGCUAGCUCUGGAACAGUUAAAAGGUGCUUCAGAAAUUCCUCAAAGCAGAGUAUCUUCCGGGGGUUCAUGAUUUCACCUUGGGCCGAGUGCUCAGAUCACUAUGACGCGUUUCCAGCUAACAAGGCUGCCGAGAACCAGCCCCAUUUCCAGGGUGUGACUGGCCUGCGGAACUUGGGCAACACCUGCUACAUGAAUUCCAUCUUACAGUGUCUCUGCAGCAUCUCCCCGCUGGUGGAAUACUUUCUCUCCGGAAAGUACAUCACUGCUCUUCAAAAGGACUGCAGCAAGGUGGCCACCGCCUUUGCCUACGUGAUGACAGACAUGUGGCUUGGAGACUCAGACUGCGUCUCACCGGAAAUAUUUCGGUCGGCUCUUGGCACCCUCUACCCAGCAUUUACGAAAAAGACACAACAAGAUGCUCAGGAAUUCUUGAUUUAUGUCCUGAAUGAACUCCAUGAAUCUCUGAAAAAGUACCACCGAAGAAGGUCAUGCGAAAAAGAGUCUAUUCCAAGGUGCUGCAGGAAGGCGAUCGCCAGCGAGUCCUCCAUCGUCACCCGGCUGUUCGAAGGGCAGCUCAACUACAGCAUCAUGUGUUUAAAGUGCGAGAACUGCACCUACAGGAACGAAGUCUUCACAGUCCUGUCCAUCCCCAUUCCAUCGCAGUACAAGUGCUCUCUGCAGGACUGUCUCCAGUGUUUCUUCCAACAAGACACACUGACCUGGAACAACCAGAUUCACUGUUCCUUUUGUGAAACUAAGCAAGAAGCAGCUGUGAGGGCCAGUAUUUCCAAAGCACCAAAAAUAAUGAUCUUUCACUUAAAAAGGUUUGACAUUCUGGGGACAAUGAAAAGAAAACUGAGAACGGAUAUUCAUUACCCACUCACUAACUUGGACCUAACUCCUUACAUUUGUCCAGUUUUCCGGAAACAUCCUAAAUAUAACCUCUGUGCAGUGGUGAACCACUUUGGAGAUCUGGAUGGUGGCCACUACACUGCUUUCUGCAAGAACUCAGUGACCCACGCCUGGUUUAGCUUUGAUGACACAAGAGUCAGUGAGAUUCCAGAUACAUCAGUUCAAACCGCGACAGCGUAUCUCCUGUUCUAUAGCUGCCAGCCCUUUUCUAUACCUAUAGAAAAAUGCAAGAGCUAGGAAAAUGGUGUUUCCUGAAAGUUGCAAAACAAGCAAUCAGAAACUGGU